AUGGCUGGGAAUGAGCCUCAGGACUCUAAUCAGUCCGUUAGUGCUGCCAUCCCUGGUCGAGCAUCCAUACCGGACACACCAUCGCUCAGCUUUGUCCUUCAUACAGCCGACGCUUACUUCGACAUUCCAGACCCCAAAUCUCAGCCCCCUCCUGCCACGACUCAAGCAUCUGCUACAGCCCCAAAUGUCAAUGGAGAGUCAAUGAAGCCAUCCGAAACCACCCAGCCGCUCAAUCUGAAGGCACUCAAAGAGUACGAGAAGCUUGGUCUCACUGGCAAUGUCAUUAGCGCGUGCGCAAACAUCCCAUAUGCUGUCGGCAUUACGAAGGAUGGCAAAUUUGAGCUGACGCCUCGGCCAGGCAAAUCAAUGCUGCGUGAUUCUCUAUCGUACUUGUCGUCCUCAAACUUAUGGAAACACACUGUUGUUGGGUGGACUGGAGAGGUACUGCCUGCUCUCAGCGCUGAAUUUGGUGAGCUACUCACUCGGAAAGACUUACUAGGUCCAUCAUCUCCGACCGGCGAGGGCAGACAAUUGGGCAGUGUUGCUGUUCACGACGUUAGUGGCUCUGGUUUCAACAGUGCAUUCAUACAACACUUCAAGGACAAUGAACCCAGCAUUCGAGAUAUCCUCAUAACGAAAGAUCGGCGACUGGAAUUGGAGACUUUGCUGGAGCACGCUUUCAAAGAUAAAAUAGUCCCGGUCUGGCUAGGUGAACGGACCGAUGACAGACACGAUACCUUGCUCCUCAAGGACCAAACUCGAUGGAAAAGAUAUGCCGAGGAAGAUCUUUACCAAAAUCUCCAUUCCAACAUAGAUCGCGAAGAUGAGAGAGCCGACACAGCGCAGACAUUUGCAGACUACAAGAGGUUGAACGAGUCUGUAGCGGACGGCAUCAUCAAAGCCUACAAACCGGGCGACAUCAUCUGGAUCCACGACUACCAGCUCAUGCUGCUGCCAGAGAUUGUACGAAGACGAAUUCCGUCAGCUUAUAUAGCAUAUUUCCACCACACCAAUUUGCCUCCGAAAGAGAUCCUCACAAUGCUCCCACGACAUACGGAGGUAUUGAAAGGUGUAAUAGGUGCGUCCGUCGUCGGUGUAGCCAGCGAUGGCCUUCGUCACUACGUCGAAGACUACUACCGCUCUUCACUGAAGCUUACUGGAGAUGGCAAUGGAGUGGUUAAAACGGGUGGCCGCCACAUUAGCUUGAUCAACGUACCUGUUGGCAUGGACAUUACUGUUGUUCAGCAAGCUGCAUAUGGUGAGGCGAAGGUGGAGGAAUAUAUGCAUGAGAUAUCACGCAGAUAUUCUGACAAGAAGCUUAUUGUAGCACGCAUCCAUCCAGACCGACCAGAGGGUACAGAUUUCCUGCUUAGAGCCUUCGAAUACCUUCUAGAACAAUACCCCGAAUGGAAAUCGCGAGCUAUACUGGUCUUGCUGAGCAAUCCAGAGUCAAUACACCAUUCUUCGAAGUCUCGGACCAGUAGAGCUGAUACUGCGCUACAUGUUGUGAACAUAAACAGCCGCUUCGGGUCUCUAGUCCAUCAACCUAUUGUUUACCUCAACCUCAAGAUACCAGCGCCAGAAUAUUAUGCUCUGCUGAGAUUGGCUGAUGUUGGAGUGGUCGCGAGUGACUACGAAGGCGUUAGCACAAUGAGCAUGGAGUUUAUCGUCUGCCAGCAAGAGAAGUUCAGCCCUCUAUUUGUCUCGGAGAAAUCGAUCAUCAGCGACGAUACUAGCUCUGCAGCUGUAGACCAAUCUGCCCAGGCUGCGAACACUGCCACCACAAUUCGAAAUGGUCUCGCCAUGUCCGACGAAGUCAAGCAAUCCAAGCACAAGGCACUCCUGCAUUACUUCUCAGAACAUAAUGUCGCCUCUUUUACGAAUGAGUUCCUGACGAAAGCCUGUGCAUCGUUCGCUAAGUAUUGCCCAUACGAAAACGCGGCAGAACUCGAGCAGGCCGUCCUUCUGAAGGCCUACCAAAGUUCGCAAACACGUCUCUUCAUGUUCGACUACGAUGGUACCCUCACACCUAUCGUCAGUGACCCCGACGCUGCUCUCCCUUCUGCAAAACUACUACAGGCACUGCAGAAGCUAGCAUCCAACAAGCAGAACAAAGUUUGGAUCAUCAGUGGCCGAAGCCGGGCUUUUCUAUCCAAAACCUUCGGCGAUAUCAAAGGACUUGGCUUGUCAGCUGAGCACGGAUCUUUUCUCCGCAAGCCAGGCGACGAGACAUGGGAAAAUCUCGCUGCAAGCAUGGACAUGGGUUGGAAGGCCGAAACAGACAAGUUGUUCAUGUCUUUGUGCGAAAAGACUGAUGGCGCUUGGAUCGAGCGAAAGGAGGUAGCUAUAGUAUGGCACUACCGUAAUGCCAUCGACCACGAUGCUUGUCUUGCCAGAGCAGUAGAGGCAAAAGCCUUACUUGAGGGCGAGUACCUUAAAGCCUGGGACGUCGAAGUCAUGCUUGGCAAAGCCAACGUGGAGGUCAGACCACGUUUUCUCAACAAAGGAGUUAUGGCUGCCAGGUUGGUCCAAGAGACUUUUGCAAACGGCACAAGUGGGUUCGUACUGUGCGCAGGAGACGAUACCACUGAUGAAGACAUGUUCCGGGCUCUACUAUCCAGCAAACUCAAGAUGGACAAUGUUUUCACGUGCUUGAUCGCGAGAGAUGGCAAGCCAAGUCUGGGCUAUUAUCGAGUCAAAGAGCCAGCUGAUCUAGUCGAGGCUGUUGCUAUACUCAGUGAGCAAUAA